CGUGUGGAGGCGGCCUGAGUGCCGGCAGCGCUCCGCGGGCAAGGCCGCGAUAGGCCGCGGGCACUGAGGCGCCGCCGCAGGCCCGGCUCCGGCAGCGCCGUGCCCGGGACGCCCCUGGGCGGCCCCGGUCGGGCGGCAAGAGGCGGCCGCAGGCCCCGCCUCUCCCCGCAGCCUCCUCGGCGGAAGGCCGGGGCGGGCGCUGCCGCUCGCCGUCGCAUGCCGCCGCGGCCCGCCGGAGCCAUGGGCUCCCACCGCAGCGAGAGCGACUGGCAGGGGCUGGUGAGCGAGUAUCUGGUGUGCAAAAGGAAGCUCGAAAGCAAAAAGGAGGCAUUGCUAAUCCUAUCCAAAGAGCUGGAUACGUGUCAACAAGAAAGAGACCAGUACAAGCUUAUGGCCAACCAGUUGCGGGAAAGACAUCAGUCUCUGAAAAAGAAGUAUCGGGAGCUGAUUGAUGGGGAUCCAUCCCUUCCGCCUGAGAAGAGGAAACAGGCAAAUCUUGCUCAACUACUGAGUGAGGCUCAAGAUCGAAACAAACAUCUUGGAGAAGAGAUUAGAGAACUUCAACAGAGACUGGGAGAAGUACAAGGGGACAAUAAGCUCCUUCGAAUGACAAUAGCAAAGCAAAGACUUGGAGAUGAUGAAGUUGGGGCUCGCCACUUUGCAGCACAUGAACGAGAGGACCUUGUUCAACAACUGGAGAAGGCUCGAGAACAAAUUGAGACUCUGAGAUACGAUCUUCAGGCUGCACUGGAUGAGUUACAAGAUGUGAAAGAGGAACGCUCUUUUUACCAAGAUAAGUCUGACAGACUAAACCAAGAACUUAAUCAUGUCUUAGGAGGGCAUGAAAACCGUAUCAUCGACGUAGACGCUCUGUGUAUGGAGAACAGGUAUCUUCAAGAAAGAUUAAAACAACUUCAAGAGGAAGUCAACCUUCUGAAGUCUAAUAUUACUAAGUAUAAGACUGCACUAGAGAGACGAAAGAAUUCAAAGACUCACGGUAGAUCCAGUAGCAGUGCUCUGACUGGAGUCCUGUCUGCAAAGCAAGUCCAAGAGUUGUUGUCGGAGGAUCAUGGAUGUAGCUUACCAGCCACACCACAGUCCAUUUCAGAUCUUAAAUCACUGGCCACUGCAUUGCUGGAAACUAUCCAUGAGAAAAACAUGGUCAUACAACACCAAAGGCAAACCAACAAAAUUCUAGGUAAUCGAGUGGCAGAACUAGAAAAGAAAUUAAGAACUUUGGAAAUUGCUGGCUUAUGGAGUCUUCCAGGCCUGAGCUACAAUAUCUCAGUGGGAUUUGGGAGUGGAAAGGAUACCAUAACGUUCAGUGACCCAACCUUGCCUGUUACACAGCGGUCCAGGUCACCGUUGUUAGCAUUUACUGAUAAGCCACUGAAAACUGAAGUACAAGCAGAACAGAAGGCAGAACGUGUUGAAACUUGUGCUGUUGCAAGUGAGUCCUUGGCUCCAGAGGGAACGAACUUAAAUAACAGAAACCAGAAUAAACAUUUUUACCCUUCAUUACCCCAGCUACGUUCCGAGGAAGAAGAAAUAAACAAGCUCGGAAGUCAGAUAAUUAAACUGACAGAGCAGGCAGUUGCAGAACUGGAAGGGAAAACAGGAGAGCAGAACACGGUGGCUGGGGCAGAGCUUAAUGGUUCCUCUGAGGGAGAGUUCCCACUUUCUAGCCCUGACCCAUCCGACCCCACAGAUCCCUCAAACUCAGAGAAUGAACAAACACCUGAAACCGAGGCCCUGAAAGACAAUGACGAAACCUCAGAGAGUGAUUGUGACAUUCCAAAUGAAAAAGGGGAUCAAAAUAGCAGCACCGUGGAUGCGGUGCAUACUGAGGUCCCUGGAAGGCAUGGAGGGCUCAGUGUUACAACUGCAUACACGAACAACAGCUUUGAGGAGCUCCCUGAAUGUGAAAACAAGAAACCAUCUGAUCCUGCUGAAAAUUGUGAAUAUUUGGAUAACAGUUUGGCUUGAGCUCAUCUCAUCAAAAAGCAGGGAGUUAUUUCACCAGAUCCUGAGAACCCAAUUUAAUGAAGCUCUGAAGGAAACUUCAUCAGAGAAGCCAGAAGUCUUUCAGUGAGAAAUGGCAAUGCUGUUCCAAAGCAAGGAGAACAGCAAGAGGAGAUCCAGUGAUGCCUUCUACACCUACUUGGCGCUCUCAGUUACUGGAAUUGCAUUCCUCAGCUUACAGGAGCUGGAACAGCCCUCGGGCUGAGUAACGGGUGGUAGAUUUCAGCCUGCUCCAUCUGUGCUCUCCUUUUUAAAGGAAUCUCUGUCUUUUUUUAUUUUCUUAUGUUUUGGAAUUAAGGAUAAUUCUUCCUUUCCUCCUCAUUUCACCAGUCUAUGGUGUGGUAGAAGGUUUAUUUGCACUGUUGCUGCUUUCUAAAAUUUCUUCCCUUGUUGAUGUUUAGCCAUAGGAAAACAUUCCUGUAAUAACCAGGGAAAAGGGAGGCUGCUGUGUCAUUCCCUAGCUCGCUCCUGAUGCUGGAGCUGUGCCACUCUGCUCCUAGGAAGGCAGCAACAAGGGAAUACUUAACAUUGGAGUCAGCAGCUGUUGGAGAAGGGGAGGCAGGUCCUUCCUCUCCUGUUUGUAGCAUAAGGAAUAGUCUCUGCAGCUGUGGAGCUUCUAUGGGCCAGCAGCCGUCAAGGCAAUUUUUCUGCUGGCUUGAGACCUAAUUGUCUGUAAAUGUUCAUUUCUCACUCCUAGAACUUGAAACCAAUCAGAGAGAAUUAAACCAAAUUUAAUAAAAUACUACUAAUAAAAAGGAGAAUCCCUCCCAGAUUGAGUACUUCUUUGACAAAUAACUGCCAGCUGCAAAUUUUUACAGCCCACUUGUCAGCUACUGAAUAAACAGAGUUUAUAUUAGCAGUACUGACAAACUCUUCUGUAUAUGGAAGAUGAGCUAGCAGGUGCUGCCAUAAUCAAGGUGUCAAGAGUCCAUGAACAGUUUGUAUUCAGCAGAAGAAAGGCUCUAUGUAAAUUAUUACAUAUAAAGAUAAGGAAUGGUAGUGGGAAGGUGAAAAAUGUGGGUUGUCACUCUUCUCAUGUGUUUUCCCUAGCAGGUGCAUUCAUAUAGCCAUUUCAGUGUCUGUCUGCAGGCAAUAAAGCUGUACUCACGGUGCUCCUCAAGUAUGUUUCCUUUCUCUUUAAAGGUAGUUCGACAUUGCAGCAUUUCACUGAUACGAAGCAGCUGCCCUUAGGAACAGAAAAUAUCCGUAUAUUUAAGUGUAUUAGGGACAUGAAGCAGUGAAAAGUUUUUAUUUCAUUAUCCUGAUCACCAUUCAAGUUCCUCAUCACCUGAAAAACUGAAGAAGAGUUUAAGCAUUUGAAAGAUUGUUAUGCUGUUCCCAUUAAUUGUAACUGACUGCAUUAUUGACUCAUUCGUAUGACAGUGCUGACAAGUCGGAAGAGAAAUAGCUGCAGAAACUGAAAUCUCUGGGAGAAUGUGGCAGGAUUUUUUCCUUUAAUGCUUGAAUGUCACAUGAAGUAGGAUUUUAUUCAAGAUGUAUUCUUUUCCAUCUUUCACAGACUAAUCCUGAGCUAAAUACCAAUGCAGUCAGAACUGAGGCAAGCGAAUAAGGUCAAGGUUUCACGUAGCUGAGCUCAAAACGUUGAGGGUGCUAUGCUGUUUCCCUGUCCUCUGUCUUUCCUGACCCACAGGUGUGUGAGUUGGCAUUUUGCUCCUGGUCCCUUAGCAGCCAGUUAAUCCUAUUAGUUAAUGAAGAGCUUGGUGCAAAAAUAUCAAGGCAGUAGAAAGAGUGCUGGACCAACAGCUUUUUAAUGCCUCAUUUGUUGGUUCUUCUUAUGUUCUCACAUUCUUUCUGUGAGAACAUAGUGAUGUACAACCCAACAAUUAGGACAUCUUCCAAUUAUCCUCACCCCAUUCUCCCUCUUAGAUGCCAUUUUUUAUCUUUGCAAUCAUUAAAUUCCAGUAGGAUAUCUAGAUCUCUGGAAACCUAAUUUUUAGUGCUAUGUCACUGCUGCAGUAGUGUCCCUCUCCUUUCUGCCCUUGUGCAGGUGUAUUCUAGCUACCGGUUUUAGCCUUCUCCCAGGAACACAGGGCUUCAAAGCCAGGAGACUUGUCAAAGACAGACAUCUUUGCUGCACUGUGUGAUAACUAACUGAAUAGUUUCGUCAGUAUCUUCUUUGGAUAUUGUUUUAAUCGCUAUUGUUUGUGCUAUUAGAACCAUGAUUGUUUUCCCCAGUAAAUUAAUUAGUGUUUUGUUGUGGACUCGACACUACUUCAGGUGGGGGGGGGGUGGGCAGAGAGGGGCCUUAGAUUUGUGCUUCCUUUUUCUAGGACUUUAGAAAUGCAGAAAUUGCAUUCAGACACAUAAGCCCUUUGGUGCUGGGCUUUGGGGAAGCACACUGGGAAAAGCAUGUUGUGGCAGGUGUAUGGAGGAGGUGCAUUCCGGAAACUGAUUUUAAAGGAGUUUGUCUCACCUGAAAGUGAAUUGAUGCAUGGCCUGUGAGAAGGCUUUCACCUGAAAGUGCAGUGCUGUGGUUAUCUGAAAACAAUGUUCGCUGAAUUUGUAAAAUAAGUGUGUGAGAAUGACAGAUUAAUGACAUCUUUUAGAAAGCUGCUUCUUUUCUAAGUGAGACUAUUUUUAAGCAUAUGGGGAAUUUGUAUAAUAAAGAUAGUGGCAUUUCCUUAAUCCAUAUGAGCUCAGGAAUGUAUUUCAAAAUCUUAACUGAGAUUAAGUUGAAAGUUUGCUGCGUUUCUAAGAGAUAGGAUUUUGUUCACCAGCUUCUGUUUUGUAGUUUUACUUUCUCAAUUAUGUGGUUUAAUUUAUUUGCAAACCUCUCUUUUGUUGCUGCCUGGAUGAACUGCACAACAUGGUUAAACUAUAUUAAUACAUUUUGUCAUCUUUAAUAAAAACAUUUCCUGAUA